CCACUUCUUCUGUGGGGGGAAAAAAAAGAGUCUGACUCUCAGCCCAGAGAAGAUGCUGCUGCUACCAAGACAUCGCUGUUUUUAUCAUGUACGGACAAAAACGGCCACUAUGUAGUGGAUUUGUUUUCUCUGUAACUCCAGGGCGCCUCAGUUUAGCCGUUUGACAUGUUUAAGAAACAGCGGAGUCCGUAAAAGAGGUAAAGAGCGCCAGCGGUGCUCCGGGAUGUGGCCUUUCUGAAAGCUGCAGCUAGCUGUUAUGCUAGCAUGACGAACGGCGCACGGACUCGUAUGAACACAAGCAAAUCCAUGGUGGAGGGAAGACGUCCUCUUUUUACGAGCUGAAGCAAAAAAGAGACAGUUCGCUGAGCGUUUUGCUAGCUAUGUCGACAUUAUGAACCUGAAAAAAUCCAGAAGCGUUGGAGCGUCCUCCCCUUUGAAUGGGCUCGGAAAACAAGAUGCUGAGUCGAGGAAGAAGAGGAAGAUGGCAGAGAUCACGCAGGCUCUCAGUAUGACUCCUGUUGAUGUGGGUGCGCUGAGAAGGAUGGCCAUCAGCGAAGGAGGUCUGCUGACUGAUGAAAUCCGAUGCAAAGUCUGGCCCAGGCUUCUAAAUGUGCCUGUAGGCAGCAUACUUGAAGAACUUGAUAAGGUGGAGAGAGAGAAUAAUAAAGACUACAACCAAGUGCUCUUGGACGUGCAGAGGUCCCUGAGACGCUUUCCUCCAGGGAUGCCUGAUGAGCAGAGGGAAGGUCUGCAGGAGGAGCUGAUUGACAUCAUUCUGUGGGUGCUGCAGAAAAACCCUCAGCUGCACUAUUACCAGGGCUAUCACGACAUCGUGGUCACUUUUCUGCUGGUCCUGGGCGAGCGCCUUGCCACUGCCCUGGUGGAGAAGCUCUCCACACAUCAUCUCAGGGACUUUAUGGACCCCACCAUGGACAACACAAAACACAUACUGAACUACCUUAUGCCAAUUAUAGAACGAGUCAACCCAGAGGUGUAUGACUUCAUGCAGCAAGCGGAGGUGGGCACCAUCUUCGCCCUAAGCUGGCUCAUCACCUGGUUCGGACACGUGUUAUCAGAUUUUCGGCAUGUAGUGCGGUUGUACGAUUUCUUCCUGGCCUGCCAUCCUUUGAUGCCAAUUUAUUUUGCUGCUGUGAUCGUGCUGUAUCGGGAGGAGGAGGUGUUGGACUGUGAGUGUGAUAUGGCGAUGCUGCACCACCUGCUGUCUCAGAUCCCUCAGGACCUGCCCUAUGAAACGCUUAUCAGCCGCGCUGGAGACCUCUUUGUCCAGUUCCCACCUUCCGAGCUGGCCAAGGAAGCAGCUCAGCAACGCAGUCAGCAAACCGCCGCCUCUACCUUCAAAGACUUUGAGUUGGCCUCGGCCCAGCAGCGGCCAGACUCGGUGCUUCGGCAGAGGAGGAAGGAGCAACAGCAGCAGGCUCCGGUCGAGGCUCAGAGGGGCACCAUGGCAGUGGUCCAGCCCACCGCCCGCCGCUUCGUCAGACUGGCCGUCAUGGGCCUAACCGUGGCCUUGGGAGCCGCCGCCUUAGCCGUAGUGAACUCUGCUCUGGAAUGGGCCCCUAAAUUUGACCUCCUUUUCCCUUAAGUGAAGGAGCCGACUGAAUGACCCCUCUCUCCCUGAGGACUUUAGGAGGGGCUGUUUGCAAAACAUUUUUCUGUCUUUUUUUUAUAUAUAUAUACUUGUGAAGCCAACAAGACUAAUAAAUAUGGUCUUCUGCAAAAGUUUGCCCUGGUCAAAUUACUGUUUUGGUGAUUUUCUGAGUGAAAAUAAAUUCUCUACAGAGAACAUAACACACAAUUUGGGGGAAAAAAUAAAAUGUGGCUUGUGACAUUUUAUAUUGUAUUUCAUUACCAAUAUGUUAAAAAAAUUGACAUUGUGAUAUAAAAUUAGGAGAAAAUGUUAUGCUUAAGUUGUUCCCUGGAGAGGAUGCAAAAUCAACAAAAUGUAACUUGACCAGGGGUGUUCAAACUUUUGCAUACAGCUGUAUUUUAUGCUAAGAGAGAUUAUGUCUCCCCAUGAGUUUCACUUGAUCAUCAGAUUUGUUUGCCUCAAGUAACUACUGAGCCCUGAGGAGUCUCACUUCUACUUUCAAGGGUUUACGUAAACGUCCAGCGAGCCCAGAACAGACAUCUUUUGUGCCCAAAUCCAUUAGAUGGUAUCCCCUUUAGCUUUUAAUAAUGUCGAGACCAAAAAUCUUUUUGUUGAAGUCCCAUCUUUGUAUUGUUGGCACUUUUAAUUUGAUCUUUUGUAAGUGUAGUCAGGUAUCUCUCUGAUAAAGCCCAUUAUUUUCUAUAUGUGCUCUUCAAAUGACCAUAAUUGAACAUAAAAAGUGUAGAUUCUUUUUAAAUGAUCUUGAUAAUUUGUAUGUUGUUUGGAAAAGGACAAAGAGGUGUGAUUUUGAUGUAUUUUAUGAUAUAUAGAUGUAUUCACCCUCAAAGCCACUGAUACUCCUCAGAUUGCACAGUACAGAUUACUAUGGAAAAUAGUUUUAGCUGCAUUUUAUGCAAUGACCUCCAUUUCUCACUAAUUUAGUAAGUACUAAGACGACUCUGUGAGUAAUUAAUUAAUCAGUUCUGAAGUGUUGAAAUCAAUGUGUUGACAGUAAAAAGUGGGAUGGCUUUAGUUCCUUAAUGACAUGGUCGUAGAAACCAAUGUAAUUUAACGGUGCAUAUAAAUACUGUUUUUCAUUUGUUUUUGUUUUUUUUUUAUUUUGGAUAUCAGCUCAGAAUAGAUUAUAUUAUUUUCACUAAUCACUUUGUAACUGAACUCUGAACCGCAUCAUGUCGCAUUGUUUAUCUUAAAAAUUAAACAAUGCUUGGUUGUACACAUUCACGAUUUCCGUAUGUAAUCCAUAUCUUAAGCAUCACACUGGUAUCCAUAGUGGAUUAUAAGUUAUUAAUAUUUUUUUUCAGUAAUAUUUUAUUUGCACUGAAAUCUGUUCAUGUUUGCUGGUUGCACUUUGAGCGAUUGUGCUAAGUUGUCUCUGACUUGCUUGUCAUUUCAGCUAAUUUCAUUAAGCUGCAAAAUAUGUUCAAAAACAAAUAAACUUCUAAAAAUCAAAAAA